GCCGGAGCCCAGGCGUUCACCUGCGCGGGCCAAGGGCCGGGAGGCGGCGAGGGCCAGGAGCGCCAGCAGCAGCCGCAUCCUGCGCGGGAGCAAAGACGCCGCCGAGCCGGGGGUCGCACGCCGAGGAGGCCGCCGCUGCUCCCUAAGAACUUAAUUUCCAAGCAGAACAAAGACCCUUCUUUCAACAGAGUGAAGAGGCCCCUAAGUUACCGAGAUGCUGCGCGCUGAUUGGCCCCGGUUAAGGAGACGGAAGAAACAGCGUGCACGUGGCACCCGCGGCCAGAGCCGCGCGCGGCGGGACCGGGAGACCAUGGCGUCGCUCAGUGGUGGCACCGUCGUCUGUGUGAUCUGCUUGGAGAAGCCUAAAUACCGCUGCCCCGCCUGCCGCGUGCCCUACUGCUCGGUGACCUGCUUCCGGAAGCACAGAGAGCAGUGCAAUACCGAAACUCGUCUUGUUGAGGAAAAAAUAGCAGCUUUUACUGCAAGAACUAUAAAGCCCGAGGAAAACAAAGAUGAUGACGACGACUCUGUAGCUGAUUUUCUCAAUAGUGACGAGGAACAGGACAGAGUUUCUUUGCAGAAUUUAAAGAAUUUAGGGGAGUCUGCAGCAUUAAGAAGCUUACUGCUCAAUCCACACCUUAGACAGUUGAUGGUCAGCCUCGAUCAGGGGGACGACAAGGCCAAGCUCAUGAGAGCCUGCAUGCAGGAGCCCUUGUUUGUGGAGUUUGCCGACUGCUGUUUAAGCAUCGUGGAACCAUCCCAGAAUAAGGAUCCUUAAAAUGGAUUAUGGUGCUGCUUGCUCCUUCUCCUAGGAGACCAGCUAAUGUGGGGCCCCAAGCAAGGGCAGUGUUUCCAGGACGAAGACCUGCUGAUGUAGGGUAGGUCAUGCGAGUCUUCACCUCCAUUGCUGUGGGCUUAGGUGUCAGACAGAUGGGGGCACUCAAGUGGCACACAUUCAAAUGGUUGUUUUUAGGUUAUUUAUUUUUGGUACAGUUAAGGUAGAUAUCAUGAGAUAAUUUAUCAAGUUUCACACUUGUUUGAGUGAAAACUUGCUCAGUGUUACUAAAUAAAAUUAAGGUGUGGUUCUGUGGUA